UAACAGCACACAACUGACCCCCUUCACACACCAGAACCAUGGAGGCACCAAAUUCUGGAAUGAUGAUGCAGCCAGUUCAUCCAGGAUAUCCGAUGAAUCCAGUUGGAGCAAACCCCAUGAUGCUUCAAGGACCAAAUUACCCUCCAGCUAUGAAUCCGGUCAUGGCUCCUGGUUUCUAUCCACUAGUGAAUACAAACGCCCUCGCUCCUCAGGCUGCCCCCUAUCCCCAGUUCACCAACAUACCUGGCUAUGAAGGAAUGUCAGAUGAUGGAAGUGGGAAAUUCCUUCCUCCUCCACCAGUGGUAGGACCUGGACCAGAUGCCCUACCAACACCUUCAAACAAAGACUGGACGAUUCCCUCUAUUACCCAAGAGAUGGCAAAACAGGCGCUUCUGGAUUACGUCAGUGGCCAGUGCUGCUAUGGCAGCUCCCCCGUCGAAGAGAUGGAAAUUCAGCAAAUGAAACCGUUUAAUACAUACAGGUAUCGCUUGGAAACAUUCACUGAGUCACGGUCCUGCGAAUGGGUGACCAAACCCCUAACAAACGACAAGCUUGAUGGACCAUCCAAUGGGCCGGCUCCUCAGCCCUGGGAUAUCAUACUGGAACCUCCUGCCCUCUUCCAUGAAGAAACCAAAAAACAGUCGAUACCUCACACCUCCUCCAAGAAGGAAUGUGAGGAGUGCCACGGAAAGGGGAAGAUAAUCUGUCAGAAGUGUAAUGGAAAUGGACGGGUCAAAUGUGAAACCUGUAAUGGGACUGGCCGCAGUGCUGGAGAAGAAUGUUCGAACUGCAUGGGAACCAUGUCACAAGGAUGCAAAACCUGCAACCAGACAAACGUACAGACCUGCCCUGGCUGUGCUGGGAAGGGGCAAGUUGUCUCCUAUAUUGAGAUGACUGUUGCAUGGAAGAACAACCUGUAUGAGUUCAUACCUGCCCAAAACUCUGAAUUCCCCACCGACCUGUUUAAGAAAGUGCCGCCUCUGGUGAAUUUCCCGGACGCUUCCAUCAAUCAGGCUUCUCAGACGGCCGUCCAGCAGCAUUACUCCCAGUUCAUCUCCAGCUGCCGGAUACUGAAGCAGCGACAGACCAUAGAGUGGCUGCCCCUCACCAAGGUGGAGUACAACUGGAAGGGGAAGAGCUGCAAGUACUUUGUCUACGGACGGGAGAAUAAAGUGGAGACCAAAGAUUAUCCGUCCACCUGCUGCUGUGUAAUCCUCUGAGCACCGCACACAGCCAUCUGGGUUGA